AUGAAUCACUACUCUACUCUUUAUAGAGGAUGCUUGGCAAGGUAUAGGGAGAUGUUAGACACAGCCAGCAAUGGGAACUUCCUCAAUCAGGAUGUAGAUGAUGGCUGGCAGCUUGUGGAGAACAUGGCCAUAUCAACUGAAUGCUAUGGAGAGCAUUAUGAAUUGGACAAACUGAUCCUAGCCCAAUUCCCUGCCAAGCAUGUCAAUUAUGUCUCUGGAAAAACUCUAGUUAAGGACAGGAAGGGGAGGAGACAACAUGAGUGCAUCAUCCUCUUCACCACAAGAGUAUGCCCAAGCAGUUACACUGAGAAGUGGGACAAUUUCCUAGCAGGAGUAGCCCACCCCAAAUCGCUGUGGACAUCGAUGACGAGGAAGGGGAGGAUUUGGUCGAGUAUGCUGACAUCCUGCACCAACUCGAUCGAGCUGGAACAAAACCCUGAACCAGAACUCGAUCGAGCUGAAGAAACCGAGACUCAGCAAGACAAACCAGAGCUCGAUCGAGCCAGAAAAGAACAGACAAAGCAAGUCCAGCCAACCAACUAA